AUGUCGACGACGACAAACCCAGCAUCAAGCUCAAGCUCCGUCACUGUGAUCAACAGGUUCACCUACGAAGAUGCCUCUACCAACGACACAGCCACCAACGCCACCACUUUCACCCCGAACAAGCCAUUUUAUCUUCAAUCUCUGUGUACCUCUGGUCUCCAAAUCAGUGGUCUUUACGCAGCCCUCAUCUCCACUAAUUCAAAUCCUGCUCUCCAAUUCACGACUUCUGCUUCUCUGGCUAGUCGUUUCUAUCUCUCAACCUCCGGAUACUUAUACGUCAUGCCUUCCUCCUCUACACCAUGGACCUCCUUCUCUGAUGAGAUGCUGAUGGCGAACAUCGAUCAAGGAGCAACAGACAUGGAUUUCUUCUUCAACGAGGAAGCCGAGAUUGCUGCAAUGGGUGCAGAAAAGGCAAAGUGUGGUGUUGAUGAUGAUGAUGGCGUGUUGCAAUUGCUAUAA